CAAACAAUCAGAAGUUGUGCUACUUCAGACUCUGUACCUAGUUUACCGGAUAGUGCGUUAGUUAUAUUCAUUUUUUGAAUGAAGGGAACAGAUUUUCUGGUAUUCUGAGCGUUGUGUGGUUAGUCUGGGUGAGCAUGGAGGAGUAUAAUAGACACUCUGCAGGUGUAUCGUGGUUUACAACCGUCGUACAAUUCCUUCCUUGUCGCUGAGUGUGCAUAUUACACUGCACAGCCAAAAUGCCCGGGAGUGAAGCUUUGACCAAAUCUCUGCAGGACGGUUUGGCAAAGUUUUUCCACUUCUACAGUCGACUGGACACAGAGGAACUUGUCAAUGACGAGGAGACUGAGGAAAAUACGAAUUCGAAGAGAGAAAAAACGCAAGAGUUCAACAAGGUAGACCAGAGAGACUUGGAGGACGAAGAUGUGGUUAUAUUUGACCGAACGUGGUACGUCACACGGCCGUCAGGACGACGUGAUGGUGACGUCGACCCUCUGGUGAUGACGUUACGUCCAGCCGGACAGACCGACGUCACCAGGACGCUGAGACAUCUGAGAGGGUUGGUCACGUGCUGUCCUCUCCUUGGAUGGAUCACAACUGUAAGCGUUAAACGUUUGACUAAGGCCACAGCAAACCUGCCCUGUCCUGUGUACCUGUCGGCGGAGAGGGCAUGA